GUCUAACGAGGCAAGCUUAUAUAGUGCGCGCGCAGCGAGACUGCCACCAUUUGCGUUUGUUGUUCCUGGGCAGAAACACCGCGCCGCCAUCAUGUAUCGUCUGCUCUCGUUCGCCGUGCUGCUCCUGGCUUUGCACUGUGCCCUGGCGAUGCCGGACCACCCGGCGUCAAUGCGCAUGUCUGGAGAGCUGUCCCACGAGAUGGACAUGCACAACGACACGGCCGCCAAUGCCACAAACACAAGCAGCAGCGCAGAGGAUGACGAUGAUGACAACGCCGAUGACGAUGCCACUGAUGACGAGGACGACGAUGAUGACGAGAUCCAUGUGGAAGGCAAGAGUUUUUCAUGUCCAACAAGGCGGCCUGAGGUCGUCGAGAUAGAGCAGCAGUGCAUGGCCGAGUACAACGAAAUGAAGAAAAAGAAGAAGGACGCCCCCUGCAUGGCUCCACCAACUAAAGACAUAUUUGUGAUUCAAAAGGAGGCACCCAAUGCUGCAACAAUCAGGUUGGAAACAGUACCUGAUACAGCCUCCUCAGAAGAGACAACACAUUCACCAGGACAUAAGCACCAUGCUCACAUGUCUUUCUACUACCACUGUCUUCUGAAAAAGCUGGAUUGGCUUAAUGAAGCUGAAGUUCCCAGCAAGUCUAAGAUAGAAGCAUGGUUAGCAACAAAUGUAACAGAUGCAACACAAAGAGAGCAGACAAAGCAACGAGUAAACCACUGUCUUUCUGAAUCGAAAGAUGAAACUGAAGGUACUGAAAGUAGCACUGAAAGUACUGAGGAAACUGAGAAAAGCACAGAAUCAUCUUCUAAGAUGCAAGACCAAAUGAAGUGUGAUUUUUCAAAGACGCUGUUGUGCUGCCUUAACCAUGUUGAGUGUCCUAUCAUCAAGUACCCAUAAAAUCAAGAUGUAUGAAGAUAUCAGUAGAAAUUGAAUGUCUGCCAAUUCACUUACACUUCUGUAAGGUAAC